AUGGAAAACGUUAGCUUACAAAUAAGAUUACAUCAUAAUAAGUUUCAACAAUAUCGUCGUUCAUUCAAACGCUUAAUUCCGAUUACAUCAACUAUGACUCAAACAACGCUAAAGAAUCAUUUCGAAUCAUCAUUGUAUGUGAUUGGGAAAAUUCUAUGGAAUAAUACACAUGGUUGUUUUUAUUUACAAACUGUACAUAAGAGUAUUUUUAAUCAUUUCUGUAAUGAUAAUAAUGAUGGUAAUAAUAAUAAUAAUGAAAAGGAUAAUACUGUCUCUAUUCCGUUGAUAUUUAAUAUGAAUAUAUCAGAUGAAAUCAAUGUAUUAUUUCUACCAUCCGAUCAUAGUUUAAUAUUAUUGAAGGAUGUACAAGUAUUGUAUGAAGAAGAGAAUUCAGCAGAAAUAAUCACUUCUGGAAAUUGUGCUGAUAUGCCAUUUCAUUCAACUGAUUCAGUAUCACCUACAUCCAGAAUGUAUAUUUAUGCAAAACAAAUCAUUCCAUUUCAAGUAAAUUAUUUAUCUGAAAGUAUAAUGAAUGAUUAUGGUCCAUUAUCCUGUUGUUCUCCUGAAGCUUCUGUCGAUCCUAAUGGACAUUCUCCCUCUUCGAAUAAACUAUUAUGGUCCUAUAUGUUUGCUGGAAAAUUCAUAGAAAAUAAUACUGUUGCAAUCGCUAAUGCUGCUACUUUUAACAAUGGCAGUAGUGUCGAUUCAAAUUUGAUGUAUCUAUCAUUGACUGGUGAUUUAGCUUAUCGAUGGUAUUAUAAUUUUCAAAUUGGAUAUCAUUACCAACUUAGUUGGGUAAAUAUUGACAGUUCAACAUCAUUUAAUCAUGAUCAAUCACCUCUUCGACAAUUAAUUAGUGUUUCGAUUUUAAACAACUCUAUUCCUAUGAAUAGAGAGAAUCUUUCCUUUGUUAAUGUUGCCAAUUUAAAUGAUAUUAUGCACGACGAUCCAAUUAUCCAAUUGGUUGUUUGCUCAACUUUGAAGCAGUCAUUUUAUUUAAACAAUAUUGUUCAUUGA